GACAGAACAAAGAGAAACAAAGGACCAACCUGUGUGCAGCCUGAAAGGUCCAAGUAGAUGAGUUUGUGGCAGCCUUUUCCUGUGGCCAGGGCCUGCAGCUGCAUCUUGUCUUUACUGAAGCCAGCUACUUAGUGUUAUCUUAACUCAGAUUUCAGAGGGAUUCCUAUACCAUUCCAGUUGUCACCGUUAACCUAUCCCAGCUGGAUCUCAGGAUGCAAGUCAUUACAGCUCUGAUGAUCCUCCUCCUCCUACAGUCCGCUGAAUGCAGACGGGCCAGGAAUGGCAUCACAAGGAACAGGGCGCGUGGCAAGUGGGGCACAGCAAAGCGAUCCGCUGCUAAUGAUUGCAAAGAUUACGUCGAGGCUGGUGAUAAGUUCCUGGACUGUCAAGAUAAACAUUUAACUCAUGUUUUCCCUGGCUGGCCGGACGAUACUGUUCAUAUGCUGCUGGCCAGAAACAAGAUCAGAAUACUGAGGGACAACACAUUUGUACAAUUUGAGAAACUGAAAAGCCUAGACCUGCAGCAGAAUGACAUCAGAGUGAUCGAGGAACACGCCUUCAGUGGUUUGAACAAACUGACCACGCUGCUGCUGCAGCACAACCAGCUGCAGGUGCUGAAGGAACAAGUGCUGAUCGCUCUCCCUCAGCUCCGAUACCUGCGCAUUUAUGACAACCCCUGGAGCUGUAAGUGCGAGCUGGACAGCCUAGUCAGGAUGCUGCAAGUCCCAAGCAACCGCAAUCUAGGAAACUACGCCCAAUGUGCAGAGCCUGCUAACCUGAAAGGACGGUAUCUGAAAAAGAUCAAACCCGAAUUGCUGUGCCCAGAGCUGGAGGUGAACAUCACUGAUGAACAAAUACCAGAACCCGUGUCUGCUGCUAAAAAAGAGCCUGACUCCACAACAUGUCACACCUACAUGUUCCCCAAGCCUCUUCUGGAUUGCCACAGUAGAGAUCUGAAGAAUGUUCCAGCUAACAUCCCACCAGAUGUAGCUAGGAUUGACCUCUCUGGUAACAGCAUCAAACAGUUAAGAGCUAUGGAGUUUGUUGCUGUUAAAGAUCUCAAAAUGCUGAACCUCAGCAGCAAUAACCUAGAUUAUAUUGACACAACUGCCUUUUCUGGUCUUCUGUACCUCAGAGAGCUGGACCUCUCUAACAACAGCUUGCAGUAUUUUCAAUAUGGAGUUUUAGAGGACCUAUAUUUUGUUCAAAAGCUGGUGCUGGGAAAUAAUCCUUGGAAAUGUGAUUACAAUAUUCACUACCUUAUAUACUGGCUGCAGCAUCACUACAGUGUUGAAUACAGCGGUCUGAUUUGCAGCUCUCCAGUGGAGUUUAAGGGGUGGCUUGUCGAAGACUAUGUAAAAACUUACAAUGGUGACUGUCCUAAAGACAAACUGCCUGGACAAACUGACAACUUGCAGGAAACCAAUGCAGAUGCAGACGAUGAAGAAGAGACAGAUAUUCAACCCAGCCCAAUAAGAGGCCGUGAGCGAACAAUCAAAAUUAUAAGACUGAGUUAAAAAAAAAGAUAAAUGCAAACAUUGUUUUUUUUAGAAUGAUCAAAAUCAGUCUGUAUCAGAUGACAACCUGCUUCUUUUUUUAAGAAUCUUUUUUUUUCCCACAUUUUUAUGAGUAGAGUCCAUUGCCGGUUUUUCAAUGUAUAAUUUCAUACUGCUAAGCAUAUUAAAAGUGUUUUUUUCUUACUUUG